GAAUUUCCUAAAUUCAUAAGGAGAAAAGAAAACAGAGAAGCAGAUCAUAAUGGGAGGAUCAGAAUCAAAAACCCAAACUGAAACACCAUCACCAGAAUUUGAUAUACCAUGGAGGGAAACACUCUGGGACAAGAAAGAAGUUUUGGAGAAGAACCUCAGGGAGUUUGAGCUGAGUGAUUCAAAUGUUAAGUACGUCAGGAUCUUGCUAGCUGGAGAAGUUGGAACAGGAAAGUCCAGCUUCAUCAACUCAGUCAAUAGUGCUUUUCAGGGAAGAAUCACAACAGAAGCUCUUGCUGAUUCUGUGUCUGGCACAAGUUUUACAAAAACAUACAGAACUUAUUACAUAAGAAAUGGAGAAUCAGUUCUGCCUUUUGUCUUCAAUGACAUCAUGGGCUUAGAAUCCGGAGCUUCACAGGGUGCAGAUCCAGAAGACAUUGCCAAAUCCCUUGAGGGUCUCCUUAAGGAAGAAUACAAUUUCAAUCCAACUAAUUCUGCUAAAAAAGAAGACUGCAGAAGUGAAACGAGCCCUGAGGAUCUGUCGUACUGCCUGGUCUACGUCAUAGCAGCUGACAAGGUAUCACAGAUGAAUCAAGACGUCUUCCAAAAGAUGAAACAUAUUAGACAGAAGGCCAGCGCACUGGAAAUUCCUCAGGCAGUCAUCAUGACGAGGGUGGAUGAAGAAUGCCCACUAGUCAAGAAAAGCCUAAGAAAAAUCUACACUAGCAAGAAGAUAAAAGAGAAGAUGCAGCAGUGCUCUAUUUCAGUCGGUGUCCCUGUGAGCCACAUCUUCCCUGUGAAGAACUACCACGAGGAGAGUGAUACACAGAACGACAUGGAUGUGCUGAUCCUGAGGGCUCUCAUGCAGAUUGUGCAAAUAGCAGAUGAUCUACUGAACAGAAGAAAAACUGAUUCUGAAAAAUUAUAAACAGAAUCUGACACAAUAGAGAAAUGCUGUGUAACAUGCUGUGUAACAUAUAACCGUAGCUUUAUAUGCAAGGCUGAACUGACUCCUAUGUUUCUGGUAAGAACUAAUAAACAAGUGCAUGGUGCACCAGGAACUGGGACGCAUGCCAGCGCUUGAGCAGACAGAGAGGGAGAUAUAUGUACUCCGGAUAUCUGUGUUCUCGGCCACUUCUUCUCUUCUCAUCUGACACUUGACUAGUAAGCAACAUUAAUAAAAGACUCUUCUUCUCCACCCCGGACUCCCUGUCUCUUCAUUCAUGAUCCAACACUAUCUUCACUUGAUCAGCCUCAUAUCAUGCAAAUUUUGAUGAGUCUGAGGGAGGUAAGACAGACUUGAUAAGCAAACUUCAUUCUCAGCCUUCAGAGUCAGGUCUCAGACAUCAGAUGAAAAGCACUAAAUCCCAGGAAAAUCUCUGUCAAAUCUAUGGAAUUGCACUAGCCUAUUGCAGCGAAAAUAAACUCACUUUUGUGUUCUGUCGAACUGUCUUAUGAAAUUAUUAUUUAUUUGUAUGCAAAAGAUUUCUUCUGACUAGAAUUAGAAAAUCUGAGCAUAUCGCACCAGUCCUCGGGUCUUUACAUUGGCUUCCAGUUACAUUUAGGAUUGAUUUUAAAGUAGUAUUAUUUGUUUAUAAAUCACUCAAUGGCUUACAUUGCAGAUGUGCUUACUGAAUAUAAACCUAACAGAUCAUUAGGAACACAUCAGUUAGAAAUACCAAGGGUUCACUCAAAACAAGGGGAGAUUGCUUUUAGUUACCGUGCCACACAUAGUUGGAACCAGCUUCCAGAAGAGAUCAGGGGGCUGCUUCACAAAACAAGUUUACCAAACAAGUCAGGCUUAUUUAAGUUAUUCUGACUUAUUUUGAACCAAAUCAAUUGACAAUAAGUCAGACUAACUGAAAUAAACCUGGCUUAUUUGGUAAACUUGUUU